AUGGCGUUCGGCGAAAUUGUAGGCACGUCGUUGGAGGUCCCGCGAGUGACGUCGACGCUGCGAGUGUUGGUGCGAGAUGGCGGGCGUCCCUUCGACGUGGAUCAACAGCUGCUGCAGCGAAAACAGGCUCUCGCGCUGCGAAGCUCGGCUGGCGCCACGUCAGCAGAAGCAGGCCACGUGGCACCAGCAGUGGGUGCCACGACACUGGCGCAGCGACUGGUUCCUGAGUGGGAGAAAGCUCCCGCUAGUGUGCGAGAGGCAUACGAGUCGUUCCUGGUGGCCGUCCAAUCACUGCUCACUGUCCCUGUGCGAGAGGCGUACGAGUCGUUCCUAGUGGCCGUCCAAUCACUGCUCAGUGUCCCGCCUCCCAUUCUCUCGCAUCCGCGCCCUUCCCGUUUCCCUUCCGCUCACUACCCUACAGCCCCUGCUAGUGUGCGUGAGGCAUACGAGUCGUUCCUGGUGGCCAUCCAAUCACUGCUCGCCACGGAGGUCUCUUCUGCCGACCUGCAUGAGGCAGCCGGGGCUGCGUUUGACUGCAUUGACCGCCAGCUCAGAGCAAGGCGGGCGAAGCAGGCAGGGGAAGGGGAGGGAGGGGAGGAUGGAAGCCAAUCGGAUGGUCUUGCCGGGGCAUUGAGUGAGGCAGAUUCGCUCUCAGAUGCUGAUCUGGGCAGCAUAAGAUCUGCUUUCUCUGACCUCCUCGGUCUUGUCUCCUCCGAACUUCCCCUCAUCCGCCGAGCAGCCUCUCUUUCCCUCCAGCUGCUCGCCUGGCAGCGCACCUCAGUUUUUCCUACACCCAAGACCCUGUUGACCAUUGUGUGUUUGCAUCCAUCCAUCCACCCUUAUCCCUUGUUGUUCCCCUCCAGAUCUGCUCUCUCCGACCUCCUCGGUCUUGUCUCCUCCGACCUUCCCCUCAUCCGCCGAACCGCUUCUCUUACCCUCCAGCUGCUCGCCUGGCAGCGCGCCCACCACCCCCAACCGCACCACCACCACCAGCACCGCUCUGCACCGCACCAAGAACCUUCAGACUCCUUCAUGUUCGGUGCGGACGUGCCGUUUCAGGUGCCUGGUGCCGGCCUAGAUGGUAACCAGCUGCUGCAGCAGUUCUGGGAGGAGGCCAGGGCCCGCACUCAGGCGCAGGCUCAGGUGGAUUCUCAGGUGGAUUUUCAGGUGCCAGCCCAGGUGCAGGCCCAGGUGCCAGAGCACCGUUUCACACAUGAAACGGCUGUUACAGGUGCUUCUCCUGACGUCUCUGGUGGUGCUUAUAGCGCUGCUGAUGGUGCUGGUGGUGGUGAUGUUGGUGGGAGUAAGGAGGGGGAGGAGGGCCCGCGGGACCUGAGGUGGCUGCACCAGUCGUGUGUGGAGGCGGCUCAGUGGGGGGGAGGCGCGCAGCUGACUGCUGAUGAGCUGUCUCUGGCGGUGCUCAAGCUCAUGCAAUCACCCGGGUCUGGAGAUGAGGUCGCAGGUGAGCUGUUCAACCUGCAUCGCAAGGCGCUGGUGUCUGCAGCUCAGUCGGCCCUGUCAGCCCUGAAAGAAGCAGUGGAGGCGGACGCAGCAAGCAGCAGUGCCAGCAACAGCCACAUGCGGCACGGCGCUACAGUCACCGUGCAGACCGAGUCAGAGAAACAGCUGGAGAAGCUCCGAAAGAAAGAGGACAAGAAAAUCGCCCGUGCUGCAGCGAAAACCGGAGGAGGAGGGGGAGUGGGGGGAGGAGGGGCGGGGAGAGGGGGGGUUGAGGGGGAGCUAGCAUGGUUGCUAGGCGCAGGGGGGUUUUCAGCACUGGUGGAGGCUGGGGAGAAUAAAGUUGGAGGGGUGAUUGAUGCUCUGAUAGGCACAGGGGACGAUGCUGUGCCUGUAAGGGCGCUGCCUGUGGGUACUAAGAGGAAUGCUUAUAAGGGGUAUGAGGAGGUGCAUGUGCCGCCCGCAACGGCGGAGGGGGCGGCGGGGAGAGCACAGGAGAAGCUGGUGAGGGUGGGGGAAAUGGAGCCGUUUGCUCAGAAGGCGUUUGAGGGGUUUCAGACACUCAACCGCAUUCAGAGCCGCAUCUACCAGCGCGCUUUUUACUCCAAUGAGAAUCUUCUAGUGUGUGCGCCCACCGGGGCAGGCAAGACCAACAUUGCUAUGAUCACAGUUCUGCAUGAGGUGGGAGCCAACUUCAAGAACGGAGUGCUGCAGAAGAAUGAUUUCAAGAUCGUCUACGUGGCUCCCAUGAAGGCGCUAGCAGCGGAGAUGGCAGCGGCGUUUGGGAGGCGGCUGGCCCCUCUGGGCCUUUCGGUGCGAGAGCUGACUGGCGACAUGCAGCUGAACAAGAGGGAGAUGGAAGAGACGCAGAUGAUAGUAACAACUCCUGAGAAGUGGGAUGUCAUUACGAGGAAGAGCUCAGAUGUAUCGAUGGCGUCGCUGGUGCGCCUGCUCGUGAUUGACGAGGUUCAUCUGCUGAAUGACGACCGCGGGCCCGUGAUUGAGACGCUGGUUGCACGCACGUUGAGACAGGUGGAGAGCUCACAGAGUAUGAUUCGCAUUGUGGGGCUUUCGGCAACGCUGCCAAACUACACAGAGGUGGCUCAGUUCCUGAGAGUCAACCUCGACACGGGUCUCUUCUAUUUCGACGCAUCCUACCGUCCCGUGCCGCUCUCCCAGCAGUACAUUGGCGUCUCAGAACCCAACUUCGCCCGGCGCAACACUCUCAUGCACGAGAUCGCAUACGAAAAGGCAAUGAAUGCGGUGAAGAAUGGGAAGCAGGCGAUGGUGUUUGUGCAUUCCAGGAAGGACACCGUUAAGACCGCGAGGAUACUGAUGGAGACUGCGCAGAGGAACGACGAGUCGGAGCUGUUCAACCCACAGGAGCAACCACAGUACAAACUCAUGGAGAAGGACGUGAUGAGGUCGCGCAACAGGGAGAUGGGGGAGCUGUUCCAGGCUGGUUUCGGCAUCCACCAUGCCGGCAUGCUGCGCCCUGACCGCUCGCUCACAGAGAAGCUCUUCAGCAUGGGGCUCAUCAAGGUGCUUGUGUGCACGGCCACGUUGGCAUGGGGAGUCAAUCUGCCAGCGCACACAGUCAUCAUCAAGAGCACUCAGCUGUAUGACGCCAAGGUUGGCGGCUUCCGGGAGCUGGGCAUGCUGGAUGUCAUGCAGAUAUUCGGUCGAGCAGGGCGGCCGCAGUUUGACUCGAGUGGGGAGGGCAUCAUCAUCACGGCCCACAGCCAGCUCGCCCACUACCUCCGCCUCAUGACCCACCAGCUGCCCAUCGAGUCGCAGGUGAGGAGAGUCUCAGGUGCUCGCUCACAACUCCCAGCUAUGCUCGUUGCGUCUCAGGUGAUUCCUCAGUUCGUGGCGAUGCUAAAGGACAAUCUGAAUGCAGAGGUGGUGCUGGGGACGGUGACGAACGUCAAGGAGGCAUCGGCCUGGCUGGGGUACACGUACCUCUUCGUGCGCAUGCAGGCUAAUCCGCUAGCGUACGGGAUGACAUGGCAAGAUGUAGCCAUGGAUCCGGGCCUGGUGGCUCGGCGCCAGGCCUUGAUCACCGAGGCUGCUCGUUCUCUGGACCGGGCGAAGAUGAUGAGGUUCGACGAGCGCAGUGGACAGCUGUAUGUGACGGAGCUGGGGCGAGUGGCGAGUCACUUCUACAUCCGAUACACGUCUGUGGAGACCUAUAACGAGCUGCUGCGACGACACAUGAGCGAGAGCGAGCUAUCAGAGUUUGAGAACGUAGUGGUGGUGCGAGAGGAGCAAACGACAGAGCUCUUCACCCAUCCCUACCCCACCUCUCCCCUGUCGCUCCCACCACCAACCCCAGCCAGAUUGUGGAUUGUCGAUCUGAUAGCACGGUCAUCUGAGUUUGAGAAUAUAGUGGUGCGGGAGGAAGAAAUGCCUGAGCUCUUCACUUUGCGCUCCAAGUUCUGCCCUCUGGACGUGAAGGGCGGGCCAGAGGACAAGAUCGGGAAGAUCAAAAUUCUCAUCCAGGCGAGUGUAGGCGGCGAAUCACUGUACCAGGACAAGAUCGGGAAGAUCAAAAUUCUCAUCCAGGCGAGUGUAGGAGGCGAGUGGCUGUACUGUCUCUCUCCUUCCCACUCAUCGCCAACACUGAGAAUAUCUUCCCCACCUCCGUCAACCACAAUGGAAUGUUCUCUGUUUGUCAUUUCAUUCCUUCGCCCCCCUGCCCUCUUUCCUCUCACUUCCUCACCCGUCUUGCAGGCGUACCUGUCCCGCGGCUACCUCGACUCGUUCUCGCUCAUCGCGGACACUGCAUAUGCAUCUGCCCUGCUGGGCCGCAUCGUGCACCCCUUUAGACAUCUGAUGCUCCCUGUCUACCUAUCGCGCGGCUACCUCGACUCAUUCUCGCUCAUCGCCGACACUGCCUACGUCUCCGCCUCUCUCGGCCGCAUCACACGUGCGCUUUUUGAGAUCACUCUAAAGCGAGGAUGGUGCUCCCUGGCGGCCUCCCUGCUGGAGAUGGCCAAGGCGGUGGAUCAGCGCAUCUGGCCGCACCAGCACCCCUUGAGACAGUUCGAGUCCGUGAUUUCACAGGAGAUGGCCAAGGCGGUGGACCUGCGCAUCUGGCCGCAGCAGCACCCGCCAAGGCAGUUCGAGUCUGUGAUCUCUCAGGAGCACCCCUUGAGGCAGUACGAGUCUGUGCUCUCUCAGGAGGUAGGUCGUUUGAGGCGCGUCAAGAGAAUCCGUGCUGCCUCAAGAGGUCUGUUCAAGCUGGAGGACCGAGGCCUAGACCUAGACCAACUGUGUGACAUGCUUGAAAGUACGCCUUACUUCCAUGCGCAUGCCUGUGCACGUCUAACACUGCUGCAGGUGCUGUUCAAGCUGGAGGACCGAGGCCUGGACCUGGACCGGCUGUUUCUGGUGUCGCAGUGCGUGUCUCAGUUCCCCUAUCUCGAGCUCGACGCUCACAUCAGCCCCAUCACCCGCACCGUGCUGCAGGUGACGCUCUAUGUGACGCCCACCUUCCAGUGGAAAGAACGAUUCCAUGGCAACGCCCAGCGCUGGUGGAUAUGGGUGGAGGCCAGGGUAUCUGGGAUGGACAGCGAGAACGAGCACAUCUACCACACGGAGUAUUUCAUUCUGUCCAAGAAGAUGAUGGCGCAGGGCACACACACGCUCACCUUCACCAUCCCCAUCUUUGAGCCGCUACCCCCGCAGUACUACGUGAAGGCCAUCUCAGACAACUGGCUCUCCUCCUCCUCCACCCACACCAUCUCCUUCCGCCACCUCAUCCUGCCCGAGGUAAUUUUCUUUCAUCCUGCCCGAGCGCCACCCGCCCCACACAGAGCUGCUCAAUCUGCGUCCUCUGCCCGUAACAGCCCGGGGGACCCCCAGGCCAUCGGGCUGUAUGGCUUUUCGCACUUCAACCCCAUUCAGACUCAGGCCUUCCACACGCUCUACCACUCCGACCACAGCGUGCUGCUCGGUGCUCCCACUGGCAGUGGCAAGACCAUCUCGGCUGAGCUUGCUAUGCUCAGGCUGUUCCGCACACAGCCAGGCAUGAAGGUGAUUUACAUAGCGCCACUUAAAGCCCUGGUGCGAGAGAGGAUGGAGGACUGGGGCAAGAACUUCAUGCCAAAGCUCGGCAAGUGCAUGGUGGAGCUGACGGGUGAUCUCACGCCAGACAUGAAACUGCUGGUGGCGGCUGAUGUGAUUGUGGCGACACCAGAGAAGUGGGAUGGCAUCACUCGCAGCUGGCACAACCGAUCGUAUGCUCAGACGGUGGGGUUGAUGGUGAUGGAUGAGAUUCAUCUGCUGGGGCAGGACAGGGGGCCAGUACUGGAGGUGAUUGUAUCGAGGAUGAGAUACAUCUCCGCCCGCACCUCCCGCCCCAUCCGCUUCCUCGGCCUCUCCACCGCCCUCGCCAACGCCAGGGACCUAGCGGACUGGCUGGGGAUUGAGAAAGUCGGCCUCUUCAACUUCAAGCCCAGCGUGCGCCCCGUGCCGCUAGACGUGCACAUCCAGGGCUACCCCGGCAAGUUCUACUGCCCGCGCAUGAACGCCAUGAACAAGCCGCUCUACGCCGCCAUUCUCACCCACUCGCCUGUGAAGCCUGUGCUCGUUUUCGUCUCCUCAAGGCGCCAGACCCGCCUCACUGCGCUUGAUCUCAUUCAGUACGCAGCAGCGGACGAGCGGCCGCGGCAGUUUGUGCAUGCGAGUGAGGAGGAGAUGGAGGCACACGUGGCGAUGGCAUCGUCAGCAGAGCUGAAGCACACGCUGCAGUUUGGCAUCGGGCUGCACCACGCUGGGCUCACCCAGGGGGACCGGUCGCUCGUGGAGACGCUUUUUGCCGAGAGGAAGAUCCAGGUGCUUGUGUGCACGUCUACCCUCGCAUGGGGUGUGAACCUGCCAGCCCAUCUAGUGGUGGUGAAGGGAACAGAGUAUUUCGACGGGAAGCAGAAGCGGUACGUGGAGAUGCCAAUCACAGACGUGCUCCAGAUGAUGGGGCGGGCGGGGCGGCCGCAAUUCGAUAAUGAAGCCAAGGCGGUGAUUCUAGUCCACGAGCCCAAAAAGAGCUUCUACAAAAAGUUUCUGUACGAGCCGUUCCCAGUGGAGUCAUCGCUGCACCUGGUGCUGCACAACCAUCUGAACGCGGAGGUGGCGGGGGGCAGCAUAGCCAGCGUGCAGGACGCCCUGGACUACCUCACCUGGACCUUCUUCUUCCGCCGCCUCCUCUGCAACCCCUCCUUCUAUGGCCUUUCCGACACCAGCCCAGAGGCGGUCAAUGUCUUUCUUUCAGAUCUCGUCAGCCGCACUCUAUCUGACCUCGAUGCAGCCGGCUGCAUCGCCCUCCACGAGGACGGCAGUGUGGAUCCUCUGCCGCCCGGCCUGAUUGCGUCGCAGUACUACCUGCACUUCACCACCGCCGCACUGUUCACCGCCAAUCUCACUUCGCCGCCCGCUGCUGCGGCAAUUACCCUGGAGACGGUGCUGCAUGUGCUGUGUGGGGCGGCAGAGUUCGACGAGCUGCCAGUCAGGCACAAUGAGGAGUUUGUGAAUGCUGAGCUGGCAAAGCAUGUGCGGUGGAAGGUGGACCAUCGCACCUACGACGACCCGCACACCAAGACCAACCUGCUGCUCCAGGCGCACUGCGCCCGUCUGGCAAUGCCAAUGAGUGACUACGAGACGGACCUCAAGAGUGUGUUGGAUCAGACCAUGCGAGUGCUACAGGCCAUGAUCGACACCGCCGCUACAGCCGGCCAGCUACAGCCAGCUGUGCUCACCAUGCGCCUCACACAGAUGGUCAUUCAGGCUGUCUGGUGCGACCUUGGCUCGCCCAUAGCCAUGCUGCCACAUGUCACGCCCUCAUUGGAGGACGCCCUGUCAGCUGCCAGGCUGGCAUCCUUAUCAGCCCUGCUGUCCGCCUCGCCACAUCACCUCCGCCAGCUCCUCUCCUCCCACCUCUCGCCUGCCGCUCGUGCCGACUUCCUUCAGGCUCUGGGGAUGCUGCCUCGAGUGUCCAUGUCAGUGCGAGUCCUCCCAUUCGGCACAGCUGAUGGGGGGAAGACACCUGCAAAGUCCGCAGCUGCAGCAACGUCAGCAGUGGUGGUGGAGGUGUCGCUUCGCCGCUCGCGGCCGCACCAGCCACACUCUCUGCGUGCCUACACACCAUUCUUCCCCAAGGUGAAGGAGGAGGGGUGGUGGGUGGUGGUAGCAGCAGCAGACUCCCCCACUCUGCUCGCUCUCAAGCGUGUCUCCUUCACUCACCGACUCACCACUCGCCUGCACGUGCCCGAGCUGCAAUCGUCAGUGAAGCAGGUAUGUGUGUCUUAG